AUCAUAAACAAGGUUAUUUGCGUCGCUUUUUUAUAAUAAAGUGACGCAAAUAACUCUUUUGGCUUUAGGUUUUCUGCGUUUUUUUACCUUCGCCUACAUUCACUAAUCAAAAAGAAAAAAAAAACAAGAGUUCUUCAAUUCCAGUGAAUUUCUACAGCAAAACACCCACAAUUUCGUCUCUGAAACCCAACAAAUUAGGCCAAAAAACUGCGAUUCCCCAGCAAAUUUAACAUCUAAAUUAAAAUUGCAGUCAAGUUGAAGCAAAUCCGAGCAAUUUCGAGCAAGAAAUUAGACCAAAAACCCCAAGAAAUUCGAACCCUUAUACCCAGAAAAAUUGAUUGUUUCCGACCAAAAAUCCCCCAUUUCGAGCAAAAAAUCAACUCAAACGCGUUUCGGAAUGAUAGGUUUGAUCCUCAGUCGUAUGUUCAGUCCAAAUGCUCUCUUAAUGAGAAGCAAAACACCCACAAAUUCGUCUCUGAAAUCCAACAAAUUAGGCCAAAAAACUGCGAUUCCCCAGAAAAUUUAACAUCUAAAUUAAAAUUGCAGUCAAGUUGAAGCAAAUCCGAGCAAUUUCGAGCAAAAAUUUAGACCAAAAACCCCAAGAAAUUCGAACCCUUAAACCCAGAAAAAUUGAUUGUUUCCGACCAAAAAUCCCCCAUUUCGAGCAAAAAAUCAACUCAAACGCGUUUCAGAAUGAUAGGUUUGAUCCUCAGUCGUAUGUUCAGUCCAAAUGCUCUCUUAAUGAGAAGGAGGAGUGCCGAAUUGUCGAAUUUAGUAGGCUUAUUGCUGAGAUUAUUGGAUGGGAAGGGGGGGCUUAUCAUCUCCUUCAACUUCUUUGUUUCUCCGGUGCCAUUGCUGGCCCAAUCAAACCCUAGCGGUGCAGAGAGACUACCGCCAGGGAUAGUUGCUUCUAAGUCAGAUCUCUAUCUCCGUAGACUAUGGGGUCUUCCUAGUGAGGAUCUGAAAACCAAGCCUAAGUAUCUAGUGACCUUCACAGUUGGCUUAGAUAUGAAAGAAAAUAUUGACAAAGCAGUUAAAAAGUUCUCAGACAACUUCACUAUUCUGCUCUUCCAUUACGAUGGUAAGACGACUGAGUGGGAUCAGUUUGAGUGGUCAAAACGUGCUAUCCAUGUCAGUGCUCGAAAACAGACGAAAUGGUGGUAUGCAAAACGAUUUCUACAUCCUGACAUUGUGGCACCAUAUGAUUACAUAUUUAUCUGGGACGAAGAUUUGGGAGUGGAUAAUUUUGAUUCUGAAAAAUACGUUGAUUUGGUUAAGAAACAUGGUUUGGAAAUUUCACAGCCUGGUGUGGAUUCUAAUAGUCCGUUUACAUGGAAGAUGACAAGGAAAAGACAUGACAGUGAAGUUCACAAGUAAUAACUACUAAUGAUGUAUAAUUUAUGCCCAUUUAUCUUCCUUUGCAACAGAAGCAGGAUGAUGAGUAUAAUGUCUAUGAUAUUGAGAUGUAAUUUAUUGGACAGGUUGUUAAUAUAAUGUCGUCAUUCCCAAUUUUAUGGGUAGGCCAAAUUAUAAAGGAGACUCUGCCGAAAUUUACAUUUGCAUUAUUCAAUAAUAUUGCAUUUUAAUUUCAA